UCCAUACAUACAGUUCCGACUUUUAAAUCAACAUAAAAAUGGAUUUGGCACACCUGAGAGCUAAAAUUAGUAUGCUUUUUGUUUAUUUUUCACUGUGAUAUUUAUUGUUGCGGAUGUGCCCGCCUCCUUACUAAAAAUAAUGUAACCGAUAUUGAAUGCUUAUAUUUAGAGCUGCAGGUAGAGAAGCCAAUAUUUUAAGCUUUCCUACGUAAUACUUGUCUGCUUGCGUAUUUACAUUCCUCGCGAAUUAUUCUACAUUUACCAGUUCUUAGGAGAUAGGAGAGGAUCUCAGUGUCUUAUUUAGUUGUAAGGGAAAUAAUAUUUAAAUUCGAUAAAGCAAUAAAAUAAAAAAACAUGAAGAAUAAGUUCAAACAAACUUACACUGCAAUUAAAGCAGGCGAUCUUAUAAUAACGGAACAGCCCUUUGCAUUUGUUUUAUCUUCCAAAGAAAAUGGCAUUAGAUGUGAUAAUUGUCUACAAAGGGGAAAGGUGCUUAAGUGUUCAGGAUGUCAGUUUGUGCAUUACUGUGGGCGUGUGUGUCAGAAAGAUGCUUGGAAUGAUCAUAAGUGGGAAUGUGCGAAUUUAAAGCGGGUAUCACCGAGGAUUAUACCGGACGCUGCUCGAAUGCUCGCGAAAAUCAUAAACCGUAUGAAGCGCAGCGAUGGCAGCACGUACAAGGCGUUUUACUCUCCCACCUCGUUCAGGAUGUGGAAGGACCUCAUGUCACAUUACACCGAUUUAAAAGCUGAUAAAAAGCGCAUGGAUCAUUUCACGUCCCUUUGUGUGGUGUUGUUUGAAUUCCUUAAAGACAUAUCUCUACCGAACACCGUGGACCUGAUGGGGUUGUAUGGAAGGAUGGUGAUAAACAGUUUCACCAUAUUAGAUAUGGAUAUGAAUUCGAUAGGAACUGGCAUUUACCUCGCGUCGUCAAUCAUUGAUCACAGUUGUAAUCCUAACGCCGUGGCGACCUUCGAUGGUAAAACUAUUAAUAUAAGAGCAAUAAAAGACAUGCCUUGCUUAGACUGGAAACAGAUAAGGAUCUCAUACAUAGACUUAAUGAAGACGCCAUACGAGAGACAAAUGGAGUUGUUGGAGAACUACUACUUCCUGUGCUUCUGUGACAGGUGCAUGGAUGAAAACCAUCUAAAAUACGUCCACGCCGCCAAAUGUCCUAACAUUGAAUGUGAAAAUCCAGUAAAUGUAACAUGGAAAGAGAACUGUGUUCUUGUAAAAAAACCUGAACGAAAACGUGAACUGAUAUCAUCACAAAAUGGUGAAUCAGAAGACAAAAUCAUAAAUGGUACAGAAGAAUUGAUUUAUACAAAUGGAGUGGAAAAAGUUGGUGUCAAUUGUGAUGAAUGUGGAAUGAAAUUAACAGACAAACAGGUUGAGUUGUUCGUAGAGACAAUGGAAUCCAGUGAAUUGCAUUUACGGAACAUGAAGGAAACUUCUGUAGCGUAUGUUGAAAUUUGCAAGUACUGUCUGGAAAAACAGGAAGGCGUGUUGCAUCCCUUGAAUGUUAUGUAUUCACAAACCUUAGACAAUGCAUUUGAUGCACUUAUUCAAGUGCAACUGUGGGAGCAAGCUUGUAUUUAUGCUGAGAAACUGAUACCAUGUUUUAGGUUUUACUAUGGCAAAUACCAUCCAUUGUUGGGAUUACUACACAUGAAGUAUGGAAAAAUUCUUUUGUAUAAGAUGAACCUUGAAGGUGCUUUAAAUCAGUUUAAACUCGCUGAAAAGAUAAUAAAAAUAGCUUAUGGAGAAAGACACCCAUUAUACAGGGCACAUUUACUGCCAUACAUAGACCAAUCAAUGAUAGAAUCACCAUAAUAUUGUUCAAUUGAUCAAAAUUGUCAAUUAUAUUGUCAUAAUAAUAAAAUAAGGCUGUGCAGUGUGAAGUGUGUGAAG